GUUCAGGCUCCAAGGUCUCGACUGCUCCGUCGGGCCGGUUGGUCGGAGCUGUCUGUGGACGCCGCCGCCGGCUUCGCCCUCGCGAUGGCGUCCUGGCUGCCGCUGCUGUGGUUGCUGGGGCUGCUCCCGGCCGCUGCCCCCGCCCCGUCCCGCCGAGACGCCGGCGCGCAGGCCUGGGAGCCCGCGUCCCCGGAGCUGCUGCGGCGGCCCGCCCGCUUCGCCCUGGACGCAUACAACCGCGGCCUGGCUGCCGGGGCGCGGGCCGUGCUGGGGACCGUGAGCGGUCGCGUCCGCCGAGCGGGCCGAGGGUCGCUGUACUCUCUGAAGGUGACGCUGGAGGAGCUGCCCUGCAAGGACCCCAUGGUGUGCCAGCUCCCUGUGUCUGAGAAAACCCUGCUCUGCAGCUUUGAAGUCUCGUAUGAGCUAGGAAAACACGCGUUGCUGAAGCAGGACUGUGGCCCAGUAGAUACCAAGAUGAAAGAUGACAAAAAUGAGACUUCCAGUCCACUCCUCCCACUGUCGGACAGGGACCCUCUACCUCAGGACUUUUAUGUGAGAAUGGCUUCGCUCUUCAAGUACUUUAUCACCACCUAUAACCGGACAUAUGAGACGGAGGAGGAAGCCCAGUGGCGCAUGUCCGUCUUUAUCAAUAACAUGAUACGAGCGCAGAAGAUCCAGGCCCUGGACCGUGGCACAGCUCAGUAUGGAGUCACCAAGUUCAGUGACCUCACAGAGGAGGAGUUCCGCACCAUGUACCUGAAUCCCCUCCUAAAAGAGGAGCUUGGCAAGAAGAUGCGCCUAGUCAAGUUCGUUGGCGACCCUGCCCCACCUGAGUGGGACUGGAGGAAAAAAGGGGCUGUCACCAAAGUCAAGAACCAGGGCAUGUGUGGUUCUUGCUGGGCCUUCUCAGUUACAGGCAACGUGGAGGGCCAGUGGUUCCUGAAGCGGGGGGACCUGCUCUCCCUCUCUGAGCAGGAGCUCGUGGACUGUGACAAAGUGGACAAGGCCUGCAUGGGUGGCUUGCCCUCCAACGCCUAUUCGGCCAUAAAGACUUUGGGAGGGCUGGAGACAGAGGAUGACUACAGCUACAGUGGCCACUUGCAGACCUGCAGCUUCUCUGCCCAGAAGGUCAAGGUUUACAUCAAUGAUUCAGUAGAACUAAGCCACAAUGAGCAAGAGCUGGCGGCCUGGCUGGCCAAGAACGGCCCCAUCUCCAUUGCCAUCAACGCCUUUGGCAUGCAGUUCUACCGCCAUGGAAUCUCCCACCCACUGCGGCCUCUCUGCAGCCGUUGGUUCAUUGACCAUGCUGUACUGCUCGUGGGCUAUGGCAACCGCUCUGAUGUUCCCUUCUGGGCCAUCAAGAACAGCUGGGGCACUGACUGGGGUGAGGAGGGUUACUACUACUUGCAUCGUGGGUCUGGGGCCUGUGGUGUGAACGUCAUGGCCAGCUCAGCAGUAGUGAACUGAGGAGCAGCAGCUCAGGACCUGGUGCUGACCAGGGCAGUGCCUCCCCGAGCCGGACCUGCAUUUCCAGGUCCCUCCCCAGGAGGCACAGCUGGCUCAGGGAUGGGUGCCGGGUACCUCAGGGUGAGCAAAGGGCACUGGGUGAGGGGUACAGCCUCUAUCCCCUCCACCCAGCUCCCACUCUGAAGUUCCCCAGCUGCACCUUUGUUAAGUUGUGGUAGCCAGGAGGGUCUUGGGGUGAAGGAUGAUGUCUUGGCAGCUGCGGCUGGGCCAAGAACCCUGGGCUUAGGCAAGGAACAGGUGGGAAGCAGAUAUUCUGGUCUUAAAUUCGGCUUGUCCUCAGUAGCUCUGGGUUCCUGACCUGGCUUUUCCCUGGCGUUAGAAAUUCUGGUUCCCUGGAGUUGGCGACAGUAUCCCCUUUCAUGUCUAGACAAACUGUUGUAACCACCCUUUUCUAACAGCAAUAAAGAGGUGUCCUCAGCUCCAA